AUGAAGAAAGCCUCCAUAUGUAAGCUGUGUGACAAGGUGUGUGAGUUGCUGUUGGAGGAGUCCAAUGUACAACCUGUUCAGACACCUGUGACUGUCUGUGGAGACAUCCAUGGUCAGUUUGUAACACUGAACAGUUUAAAGUUGAUAUGUCGGGCACAUCAAUUAGUGAAUGAAGGUUACAAGUUCAUGUUUGAUGAAAAACUGGUCACUGUUUGGUCAGCACCCAACUAUUGCUAUCGCUGCGGUAACAUUGCUGCUGUCCUGUCUUUCUCCGACCCUGACCACAGAGAAGCCAAGCUGUUCCGAGCUGUUCCAGACACUUUCAACAGAUUUGAACUUAGGAUCCUCAGUCUGGCACUUUUCUACUCAACUAUGACCUCCAACAUGGGAAUAUAA